AUGCUGGAGCAACUUCAGGCCAAGGCACAGGAGAAGCUGUUGCUGGAAGCCACUGAAGAUGUUGAACUGCGAUCAGCGCCUGUCGCUGAUGCUGUCAAGUUGGGAUGCUUGGAAUAUGGUCGUUUGGUUUUAGCCAAAGACUUCAAGGAUGGCUGGGCCAGGUUGCACGAAGAUGAAGUUUGGGCCAGCGAAAUCUCAGAGGUUCAAGCUGUAUACAUUUUGGUCGAUGGUCGCAAGAUUGGUUUGCCACGCUUCUUCCGCGUCAGCCGAAACAUGGAGGACUGGCCAUACUUCGAAGCGCUCCGUUGCGCAGAGGCCAAUGGUGUGGCCUGGCGCAAGCUGCCAAGGGGCCUUCGGCCGAAACCGCUGAUGGAUUUGGCAUGGCUCAGCAGCUGGCAUUCACCUGAUGGGACCCUGAUGGAAGCACCGCCACUUCUUCAUGAGGAUCACCGUUGUGAGGGUCACCUUCCAAAACUUUGUGUUGCUUCGAUGGUCAGAGGCAUUCCAGGUAAGGUGCUUGAAAGCUUGAUUCUGCAGCACCACGCCAAUGGAUUUCAGCAGGUCAUGCUCUACUUUGACUCUCCAAAUGAUGAAGGGGAGCCUGAUGCAAUAGCUUCUGUGCGAAAGUUCAGUAGGCCGUUACUCACUGGCCCCAAUGGCUUGUUGUGUUCUGCAGUUGCCAUCCCAUGCACUGAUCAGUGGUGGAGUGAAGUUCGCCAAAAAUCACGAUACUACUUGCGUGAAGAUGAGCCGCUAGAACUCUAUCGCGAAACUACCCACCUUGAUACACAUAUUAAAGAUGUUCAGGCACGGCAAAUGCUCUGCACCGAACAUGCACUGUUCGCUGCCCAGUCGGAAGGCUUCGAGUGGCUUCUUCACGUGGAUGCGGAUGAGAUCUUAUUCUUCCCUGACCAAGAAAGGCACAACGAUGCUCGCAAGUUUUUUUCAGAAGUUCCUCUACAUUUUUCUGCAGUCCGCUUUGCGAACCUUGAAGCAGUUCCUGAACAGUUGGACGUUGAAGAUCCAUUCGAAGAGGUGACUCUGUUCAAGAUGAGUCCAAUGCUUCUGGAAGAGCUUGGCGUUGAACCGCGCAUUUUAUAUUCCGGCGAAGUCGCUGCAGAAGAUGAGGAAUUCGAGCCAGAUCUUUUUGCGCGCAGACAUGCAGAUGCUGUCCCAGGUGGUCGUUCUCAUGGAUACGUGAGGCUCCCUCGAAGAGAAAGACAUGCUCUGCGUCGCCUUUUGUCCAUCAUGCAUGAGAUUGCGUCAAAGAGAGCUCCUGUUCUCAAAGGUUUGGAUGUGACCCUAAGUGCAAUAGAACAGCCAGCAACAAGUGCUGACUCCAGCGAUGAUGAAAGUUGCCAUGGUCCACGACCGCAUUGCCCAGCAUAUUUCAAUUCCUAUUCCAACGGAAAGUGUGCUGUUAGGACCUCCAUCGGGCCACGUGGAGAACUUCCACCACUUCCAGCCGGCGUGCAUGGAUUUCUGCGGGAUGGAGGGAUGACGUUGUAUACCUUGCUGUGCAAAGGUCCUGGCGCACCUGUGGUGCUUCACUACGCCAACUGUGGUUUUGGUCUUUGGCGACGGAAAUACGAUGUGCUUUGCAAAGAUCAUGGCACUGAAGACGGCGCUUUUUCGACGCUGCGACCGGGAAUUUCAGAGAUCCGCUCCCAUAUUGCCACGCGGCAACUGGUGCUGAAAGGAAGCAAUGCGGAACUAGAGCAGUUCUAUCAGACCUUCGUGCAGGGAAAUGACUACGACGAACUCGCCUUCUUGGCUCAGUUUGGUCUUGUGCUUCGCUUGUCGCGACCACGCGAAAGGUUGAAAGCCUCGCGAGGAGUCUUUCAAGACUUUGCAACUGCAGGUUACCCAGUGGACAAAAAAGGCAUCGACUCGCAGCUAGUUCCAGCGGUCCAGUUUGCUUUGCAGAAAGGCGGCAUGAUGGUGUUAACAGAUGUCGCCAUCCUGAGCUCGGUCCAGAUGGUCCUCACCAACCUGGCUGCACCCUUUUGGGGCGGCAUCGCUGACCGAGGUUGCAUCAAGAGGAAGCACAUUCUGAUGAUUGGAGCCAUAGGAGAGGCUACAGCAGCCACACUGAUGGCCUUCGUGCCGAGCUUUCCCUUCAUGAUUGUCCUUAGAGGGAUGAGUGGCUUCUUCUUGGCCUCCUUGAGGCCGAUCGUGAAUGGCAUCGUUGCAGAUUCCACAUCUGAUGAUCGCCGUGGAAAGAUGUUCUCCUAUGUGCAAAGUGCACUCUUGGUUGGCAUGUGCGUCACCACCUUGGUAGCUGGAAAUUUGGCCAACAUCCAAGUGGGUGAAAUCCCUGGCUGGAGAGCGCUCUUCGUGUUGGGUGGUGUUCUUUCAGCUCUCGUCGGUCUGGUGAUUGGCAUUUUUAUGGUGGAGCCGCCGAAGCAGCUUGACGACUCUGCGGGGAAGGGAUGCUGCGGUGCAGUGUGGCAGGAGAUCUCCAUCAUGGCCCAGUUCUUGACUAUUCCCACCUUUUGCAUCAUGGUGGUGCAAGGAAUCUUUGGCACCAUCCCUUGGACAGUGAUGGGAAACAACUUGCUCUUUUUCAAGCUUUCGGGCCUUGAAGAUUGGCAAGGAUCGCUCCUGGCAUCAGAAGGCACUGUGGUGGGUGUCUUCGGAAACCUCAUUGGUGGCGCUGUUGCUGACUGCCUUGCCAAACGCUUUGGAUACCAUGGCCGUCCUUUGAACGCACAGAUCACUGUGGCCAUUGGAAUCCCACUGAUCUAUUUGUGGUUUGCUGGCAUCCCUCCGGGCUCUGAUGCAGCCACCUUCGGUGUUUACUUCGCGGUCAUUGCAUCCUUCAGCCUGCUGGGGAAUUGGGCCCAGUCAGGGACCAAUUUCCCUAUUUUGUCCGACAUCGUGCCACCCAAGAAUCGCAGCAAAGUGAUGGCCGUGGAAUGCGCACUUGAGAAUUCCAUUGCAACCCUCAUUGGCCCGCUUUUUGUGGCAAACUUGGCGAAUGCCUUCGGCUACCAAUUUGGCAGAGUCAAGUCCGAAGGUGAGAACAUGCCAAAAGAAGAUCCAGAAAACGAGAAAGCGGUGGAACUUCAGUGUGCCAAUGGCCAAGGCAACCAUUUGCAUCCCGUGGUGCGUGACUUUCUUGGGAUACAGCGUAUUCUCGGCAUGGAAGAGAGUCUACCUGUGGCAAUUCCCAGUGUUCUGCGAGCUGAGAAUCGAAGCACCUGGGAAUCGAAGCGCCAGAAAGCGCUCACGAAUCACAGCGCCAUGAGUCAGCUUGCGGGAGUUCCGCAAGAUGGUGCGUUGCUUUUCCGCAAGAUGAUCUUUUGCGACGAUGACAUUUGCUAUGAACGCGAGACGCUGAACUACAAAAAGGCGUUUCAGGCUGCCCUUCCAGAAGGCGCCAAGGUGAGCAGUGUGAAACGCUGGUUCAUUGCUGGAGUUGUAGAAGCGCCUCGAGACACCUCUCAUGUCCAGGGCCUGAAAGAGCAGGAAGCAGCGCAGGCUAUCCGAGAUUUGAGCUUCCGGGUAAACAAACAGUAUCUGGCCUUGGCAGCUGCGGUGUGCGCAAAGUCGAACCGUGAAGAUGAGCCCUUCCUGGAUCAGAUGGCUUUUGUGCGUGUAUGCUCAUACCAUUCUCGGGACCUGAGAGAGGUCUACAAGUCCAACGGUGGUUGGACAGAGGGUGAGGUGAACAAUUUGCAGAGUGUCUUCAAUCGCUACGAUGUCAAACACAGCGGCCUCAUUGCAAGCAAAGAGUUGGUGCGCAUGGUCACAGACCUCUUCCCAAUUCUUGCGCGGGACAGGAAGAUGAGGCCAGAACUGCAAAGGAUCAUGAAGGAGGUUCUGCAAGAGACAUGGUCCUUUCAGGGCCUUGGUUUCAAAGACUUUUUGAGACCCAUGCAGCUCUUUCGAGAAUUUCAGGACCGGGAACGCGCCAAGAAAGAGACUGAAGCCAUUGAGGCCACUGGUUUCAAUUCAUCCGAGGUUGCGCAGUUCCGCGAUUUCUUCCUGGCAGCGAAUCCUUCCCACCACGGGAGUGCUCCUGUGGAGCUGUCCUUCGACCAGUUCUGGAAGAUGAUCAAUGACAUCACACCGUUGGGAGACUCUUUGACUGUGCGAUUGAAAGAGAUCUUCCAUGAGUUCACACAGAAGAUGCCGGGAGCUGUGCGCAGCAAGCAGCGUGCGGAGGAUGCAGACUUUCCGGAAUUUCUGUUGAUGAUGAAGCAUCUUCUCGAGAGUAACUUCGCAAAGAUUCAGGAUAAGACAAGGGCGACAAGGCAGGAGGUGUUCGAUAACAGUGGUAGCAAGCCCCGCAACAUGUAG